GCCAAAUCUACACUUAUAUGAAACUAAUAUAUUUCUCUUUUCUUUUUCCUACUUUAAUUUUUCCGAAAUCCUCUACAAAGAUGAAAAUGGUGGGGUCCAAAUCACAGUCGGAUUCUCUGUCAAAUUGUAUUAUCUUCUCUCUCACACCAACACACUCACAACGACAAGAGAGAGAGAGAGACAAAAGCAAAGAGAAGAAAGAUAAAGAGAGUUUAUUAUAGUCACCAAAUAGACCAAACCCUCAAGUUAAAUUCACACCAACAACUUUGAUCAGUACCACAUUCUCUCUAUAUCUCUCAUCUCCCUAAAGCUUUUAGCUUCUCUUUCAAUGGCCAAAGGAAACUCACAUGGCGACUUUACCUCCAAGAGACACAAUAGUUUCCACUGGACAAGAAAAGUGGGAUCAGACGAAAACGACGACGUUUCUUCUCACAAACAUCUUCCUCAUAACACUAAACACACUUCUUCUUCUUCAUCUUCCUCUUCUUCUACUGUAAUCACUCCCAAAAGAAAGCUUCAAUCUUUCGCCGUUUCUCGUCUCCGGUCAGUUAUCGCUACUCUAAGCAGAGCACGACCCGGUAACCACAACACCGGACUCGGGUCACGGGUCGUGGGUACACUUUUCGGAUCUCGUCGUGGACACGUGCAUUUCUCAAUUCAGAAAGAUCCUAAUUCUCCACCGGCGUUUUUAAUCGAACUCGCUACUCCGAUUAGUGGGUUAGUUAAAGAGAUGGCUUCAGGACUCGUUAGAAUCGCUUUGGAGUGUGAUAAGGGCAAAGAGGAAGUAGAAGGAGAUGAAAAAAACGGAACUUUACGUCACGGCGGAGGAGACAAGACGACGGCGGCGGUUUCACGGCGGUUGGUGGAAGAGCCGAUAUGGAGGACUUAUUGUAAUGGGAAAAAGUGUGGAUUUGCGACGAGGAGAGAGUGUGCUGAGAAGGAGAAAAAGGUUUUGAAAGCUCUUAAGAUGGUUUCAAUGGGCGCCGGAGUUUUACCGGAGACGGAGGAGACAGACGGCGGCGGCGGCGGCGGAGGAGGAGAUAUAAUGUAUAUGAGGGCUAAGUUUGAGAGGAUUGUUGGGUCGCGUGAUUCAGAAGCUUUCUAUAUGAUGAAUCCUGAUAGUAAUGGAGCUCCUGAGCUUAGUAUCUAUCUACUCAGAAUCUGAAGAAGACGAUGAUCGGAGAAGAACCAAAACCUCUUCGUCAAAAGGAAGGUUUAUGGUUUAGUGAGAUUUUCCGGUUUAAUUACUUAAUUAGUCGGUUAAGUGGUUAAGUGAGUCGAUGUCUAAUACUUAAAAUCGAAAACGACGUAUAUCUAUUAUUGCAAUUCGGAUUAGAUGUGAAUGUAAUCGAUUAAAUCGAUUUCGUUUUAGAUCAUAUUUUUUUUUUUUUGGGAGGGGUUUAAAGGUUUUUAAAAGUUGGUAUAUGGGAUCUGGAGGACUUUGUAAAUGUAUAAAUUUCGUUUUAAAAAUCUGUAAUCUUUUGUUGUUUUUCUAAUGUUUUAGUGUUAUAAUUGAGGACACCGAGCCUGUAGAAUCAUAA